AUGAACUCGUUUAAUGACCACGCAUGUGCUUUGUGUGGAAAAGUUGUCUCUACCAAACACGGUAUGGCUAGACACUUGAAAAUUGUUCACGAAGGUCUUGAGGAGUGUAAGUGUGACUCAUGUGGCCGGAAAUUUACAACGAAGUUCGCUCUUCAUCGUCAUAUUCGGAGAGUUCAUGAAGGAAUAUCGGAACUUGUUCUCCCUUGUGCUUGUUGUGGGAAAAAGUUCUCAGCUAAACAUGGCUUAGAACGUCAUAUGCGACUGAUACAUGAAAGUGCUGAACUGUGCAUUUGUCCACUAUGUAAUCGAAGUUUUUCAACGAAAUUUGCUUUCAAUCGUCACACAAAAACUGUGCAUUCAGAUUCGAUUAGCCUAUGUUCACCGUGUAAUAUGAUAUUCCCAUCGAAGUUCGCUCUACUGGAACACAAUUUGACGGUUCAUAAUACUUCAAAAGUAUUUGCUUGCCAUGAAUGUUUAAAAUGUUUUCCUGAUACGGAGUCACGAAGGAACCACGAGCAAAAUGAACACGCAGUUGGUACGUCCAAUAUGUAUUCGUCAACCACACAGUCAUCAUAA